AUGUGGUCACCGUUAGCCAGGGCUUCGCUGGUAUUCCUCAUUCUCUACUUCAUCCUCUUCCUCUUCCUCGCCUACCUUUACGUUCUUCGCAAAGUCCCGUUACUGUCACGCUGGCUCGUACUUCUCUUGCACGUUACCGUUCGACUUGCCUCACAAGGAUGUGGCCUUUCCUUUGGCAUCAUAGGAUAUGCGAACAUCAAUCUCCUUGUCGCGUAUUUCAUUUUGGGAGCUGAAGGAUACUUUACACUCGUCGUCUGUACAUUACGCUUCCUGAUCGCCUGGCAGCGCAAUCAGUGGGGCGGACACUCAUGGCUGGAGCCGAACGACCCAAGUAAAGAACGCGGUGGUUGGAGGAAGAGAUUUUCAAGGAUGUUUCAGUGGAAGCACAGCAAAGGGUCUUCAUCCCUCAAGGCAGUCAUCAUAGUCGAUUGGAUCUUGUUGGGCGCAAACACAAUCAUCAUCUCCGGAGGAUCACUCAGUUCUUCGGCCUACACAGAUAAGGAAUUGUCACCUAGUCAGGUGAGGAGCAGAUUGGAUGCCUCCAAAGCGUUGCGCGCGGCUGGACAGACUAUCUUCCUGGCUGUCAACAUGGCCUUGCUCGCCUGUGUUGCGAUAACAAUCCACCAACAUCGACACCACCGCUAUAGCAACACGCAGGUCGAGGUAGUAAGUGAUACUCCCGCGCCCGAGAAGGCCCAAGAGCUUCCCGCCGAAGAGAGUCGCCGAAGACGACCAUGGUUUGGCCAUGCAACGCUGCUACUGCUGCUGGCAACAUGGCCAUUCUUGGCAAUUCGUGGUGCAUUUGGUGUUGCGCAAGCGAUUGUACCUGAUCUAAACUACUUCAACUCAGAGGUGUAUGACGCCAACAACCUAACUGCGCAGUUCGUCACGGAAGAAACUUGCUUCGUUACGAUGAUGGAGUUCAUCAGUGCAGCUAUCCUCGCCACCAGUUACUUCACAACUCGCACGAGGUCCUCAGCAGUCAGUCGAGCUUGA